ACGUGUAUUUCAAUGGGAUAUUCAAGCGCUAUAUGGCAGCUCGCUUUCCUGGAAACAGCUGGCUGACGAAUGGUGGUGCAAAGCCUGACUUGAGAGAAACGAAGUCAUUUAUACUGUGAAGAGCCUGAAAACUACUGAUUGUGUGUUAAAGAAGGUGUAGCUGAGCAGGAUGGCAUCACCGUCUGUUGGAGGCAGACCCACCUGUGUGUCCUGGCUGGUGCUGUUCUCCUAUGCUGUGCUUCUGUUCAUUGGAUUGGUGGGCCUGUGGUUGUGGGGCAUCAACUUCGGGUACCAGGAAGCAUCACCGCCAACACCACCACCUGAGAACAUCACUGCCACCACCACCACCACCCCACCUCCCUCAGCAAACAGCUACUACUAUAGAGAGAGGCAUGAUGAGGUCCCCCAGGCAUACAAGGACUAUGUGGACCAGACCACAAUCUUUGCCCAGCUGACCAUCGAUGCAAGGUUCUACUUGGCGCCGCUCUGCCUGGUCUGCCUGGUGGUGGGUGGCUUCAUGCUGCUGGUCGGCCUCUGCUCCAGGCGGCUCUUUGGCUCAACCUGUAGCCUGUACAGCUCCCUGUGUCUGUGGAUCCUGACCCUGGUGAUGGCCAUCAUCUACCAAAACAACCAGUCCUGGAGACCAUUUCCUUCCUUCGCUGACACAACUGUCUGGGUCCUGAGCUACCACCUCCUGCUGCUGUUGUUCCUGCCGCUGCAGAUGCUGCUGUGUGUCUGGGAGCUGCGGCGACAGCAGGCCAAAGACUGGCCCACCCUCAAUUUCCGCAGCAUCUUCACCAUGGAGGCUGUUCUGCUCGCAUCCCGGCUGACUCUCACAGGUUUUACUUUUGCUGUAUUGCUUGACUCCAUUAUGUUCCGAGGCUUUAGGGGCGAGUCAGAUCCCCGUUAUGAGGACAGUUACUAUGAAACUCCUCGCGUCAGGUACCCAAUACAGCUUGCCCUCGUGUGCUUCAGUGCUGCCUGCUUCAACGCUGUGGCCACCAUGGAGACGGCCCUGUCCAUGCUGCUGGGGAAGCUGCAUCGCUUCAUGACCACACUGACGUGCCUGCUCUCAGGGCUGUGCUGCGUCAGCAUUGCCGUCCUCUGCUCCCCGAUCUUUGUCAGGCUCGCCAUCGGACCUUACACCAUGUACCCUGGCACAAUGAAUCGGGCCAUUGGCCUGAGUCUGGUAACCCUCCUGCACUGGCUGGCCCGCCUCAUCUUACCUUCCACCCUGAGCACGCCCCCGCGCAUCCUCACCCUGAUCAUGGACAGACUGGCAGAGGUCACGUCCCUCAGUGACAUUGUGGCCAUGAUCCAGACACAAGGGAAUAAAGGGAUGGUGCUCCUCCCCAAGACCAUGAAGAAUAUGAAGUAUGGCAAGCACAUCAAGGUGGCGUCCGUGAUCUUCUCCAUUAUUUCCCUGGCAAUCAUCGGGGUGUCAGCAGGAGACACACCCACCUACAAAAUGUGGGGUCAUGUUAUGGUGCUGUGUGCCAACACCGUGACCAUCUUACGGACACUGCCGCCCCUCGUGACAGAGUAUUUCCAUCAAGAAAUGGAGAUCAUCCCCGUGAAGCAGAGGCUGUUUGGCUUGGCCGUUGAGACCGUGGCACUGUUUGUGGGCGGCAUCGUGGUGUGCAACACUGCAUUCUUUGGAAUGGGAGUCUUUGGUGGCAUAUUGAACAUUCUCUUCGCUGUGUUCCAGAUGCUUUUCAUGUGGUCCCUGUACAAGGGUAUAUCGCAAAGCCAACCCUGCGAGGACAUGGAACGCUUGACAGAGGGGGAGGAAGCCACCAGCCAGGAGGGAGACCAGACCAGUCCCCCUGAUGCUAUGGCCUGAAGGGUGGUCUGAGGUGUCUGAGGUCCUGAACACUCCACUAUUGUAACCCAAGGAGUGAUUCUCUCUCUCACCUUGUUUUGUCUGCUUUGUCCAAUCUCUUUUAUGUUAUGAUCUUUCUUUCUUCCCUUCCAUUCUCUCGCUCUGCUGCUCCAAUCUUUCUUUCCUCUCUUCCAUUCUCUCUCUCCUCUGUUCCUCCUCUUACUCUUCCUCUGUUCCCAUUCUUCUAGUCUUCAAAAUUUGUCCUCUUUCCUGUAACCUUCUCUUUUUUCCUCUUCUCACCUCUUCUUUCUUUUAAACAUUUUUUCUCCUCCUCUCAUCUCUUACCACCAACUAAACCUACUAUCUUCUCCCUUUCCUAGCCUCCCAGUCCUCGUCUUUCCUCUCACCUCUCCUGUUUUCCUCCUCUCACCUUCUUCCUUUGCUUUGCUUUCAAUCUUUAUUUCUCCUUGUGUCCUCUCCCUCACUAGUCUUCCUUCAUUGCCCUUUUCCUCCUCUUUCCAGUCUGUUCCUGUCCUGAAUGUUUUAAGGUGCUGUCCCUGCUGUGGCCUUACUACUAUGCACUCUACUCUUAUAUACUGCUGCUGUUGCUGAUAAGGAUAGUAUAGCCUCAAUUGACCCCUUAUAUAUUUAGCUUUAUACUGAUAUUACUGGUAAGCAAGGGGCAGCCUAUAUUAAACCCUGUACCAGCUGUCUUUCUACAUAACAUACAUCGUUUCCUAUUGCUAUUACAUAUAGGGACAGCAUAUAUUAAACCCAGAAUAUCUCACAUACACACAUGGCUUUCCACUGCUCUCUAUGUUAUAUGCCUAGCAGCAGCACCACUGAUAGCAAAUAUAAUCAUAUGCCUUCAUAUGCCUCACCCUAGAGAGCAUUUUUGGCUUUAGGUGUUACUUUUAAGAAGUCUAGAGUGAUUUUAUAUAAUGGGGAAAGGUAUUGGUAGGUUUUGUAGCCACUUUGCAUUGGGUACUAAUGGCUGUGGUGUUGGUUUAACAGUGACCCAGUGGUUCUCAACCUUUUUCUGUCCAUUCCCCCUUCAUGAAUUCUCAAUAUUCGUGUGGACCCCCUUCAUUUUUUUCCCAAAUCCCACCCUGCCAAAAAAGGUUAAAAUAAAUGUUGAAGAUAAUUUUUUUUGCUUUAUUACAAAUUUGGCAUAAUUAUGUAAUUUUGAUAAACUUGAAUUUGGUUGGAAAAAGUUCAGUCAACCUCUGCAUAUUUUAUCACUCAUCAGUGGGAAGGCUGACAUUGUUUAUUUUCAGCCAGUUGACAAAUCCGAGGUUGUGUCACUGACAAUGCACAUCUCAUGUCAGGGUCCACAUCCAGUCGAUUCCGGCUCUUAUUCUUGAUUUGUAGAAGGUGGAGAAACCAGACUCACAUAAAUAUGUACUUGAAAAAGGCAAGAGUAGUCAAAGUGCAAUCUCACUGACUUUCAGAUAUGACACACUGAACACCAGAAUACAUUCAGAUUCCUAACAUUAUUUAGAAAUGUAUAAUUUGUAUCAGCCCGCCAUGGCCCCCCUAAAUUCUUGCCAUGGUCCCCAGGUUGAGAACCAAACCUAAGAAUGGUCUGACUAGUGUUAUGCGUUCAUACUUAAGUGGUAGGCAAUUAAAUCUCUUUAGAAAUUAUACCAAAGUAUAUUCUAGAUUAAGUAAUCAGAAUUUAAUAUAUUGUGACUUUCCCAAGGCCACAGAAGAUCAGCUGGGUUUUCAUGGGUGAUUUUCACAUCUGUGGUGCAUGGCGGUGUAAAACUGUCGCCACAAUCGCAAAACAGUCCGUGAAAAUCCCAGCUACUUCUACAAGAGGCUUUUUAAAUAGGCGAACUGAGGCGCUGAUGUUUAAGAAUAUGGGCUUUAGAAUGAAAGGAAUUCUCUAAAUUAAUGGGUACAUAAUUAGAUAGCAUUGAGAAUAUAUUUAUUUAUUGAAUAUAAAGAGGAUCAUAUUCUUUACUAAAGAGCAUUAGGAGAAGAAUAUUUUUACUGAAGGGUGUUGAGAGGAGGAUAUUUUUAUUGAAGGGUUUUCCAGAGAAUUUGUACUGAAGAGUAUUCUUUUAUUUGGUAUACAAAUUAGGGAACAUGAAGAGAAAUACAUCUCCUUUUCCAGAGUAUUGCCUUGAGU